AUGGCGUCUCCUCCUCCCCCUUAUCCCCUCAUCCUCUCUCUCCUCCUCCUAAUCUCCACCGCCGCCGUCACCACCGCCAUCACAAUCCCCAUCUCCCCCUCCUCCGCCCCAGCCUCCACCGACCUCCACCAAAUCCUCGCCCACCUCGCUUCCGCCUCCGUCUCCCGAGCCCUCCGAUUGAAAUCCACCCACAACCUCCCACAAGAUUCCUCCCCUGUUUUCGCCACUUCCUUAGUCAAAACCCCACUCUUCCCCCGCAGCUACGGCGGAUACUCCAUCUCCCUCAGCUUCGGCACUCCACCGCAGUCCACCAGCUUCGUCAUGGACACGGGAAGCUCCCUCGUCUGGUUCCCCUGCACCUCCCGCUACCUCUGCUCCCGCUGCAACUUCCCCAACGUCGACCCCGCCGCCAUCCCCUCCUUCAUCCCCAGAAACUCCUCCACCGCCAUGCUCCUCGGCUGUAAAAACCCCAAAUGCCAGUGGAUUUACGGGCCCAAUGUCGAAUCGAAAUGCUCCGGCUGCGACGCCCCUGGAUCUUCCCCCAAUUGUACCCAGACCUGCCCUCCGUACAUGAUUCAGUACGGUCUGGGAUCCACCGCCGGUCUUCUUCUCACCGAGACGCUCGAUUUCCCGGAGAAGAAGGUUCCCGAUUUUCUCGUGGGUUGCUCGAUUCUCUCCGCCAGGCAGCCCGAAGGAAUCGCUGGGUUUGGGCGUGGGCUCGAUUCGCUUCCUUCCCAAGUCGGAGCCAAGAAAUUCUCCUACUGUUUGGUCUCCCACAGCUUCGACGACGCGCCCGUUUCCAGCGAUUUGGUUCUGGAUCUGGAUUCUGGAUCUGGGAAGAAGACGGCGGAGGUUAGCUACACGCCCUUCAGAAAAAAUCCCGUGACUUCCAAUUCCGCUUUGCAGACCUAUUACUACGUCAAUCUCCGGCAAAUCGUGGUCGAGGGGAAGCACGUGAAGGUCCCGUCGGAGUAUCUGGAGCCCGGUUCCGACGGAAACGGCGGCACGAUUGUGGACUCGGGGACGACUUUUACUUACAUGGAGCGGCCGGUGUUCGAGGCGGUGGUGAAGGAGAUUGGGAAGAGGAUGGCGAAUUUCACGGUGGCGACGGAGAUUCAGGAUCUUACUGGGUUGAGGCCCUGUUACAAUGUUUCCGGCCAGGACACGGUGUCGGUCCCCGAAUUGAGCUUCAAAUUCAAGGGCGGAGCGGAGAUGAAGCUCCCUGUGACGAAUUACUUCGUGCUUGCCGGCGAUGGGGCCAUUUGUUUCACGAUUGUGAGCGAUAAUGUGGUUGGGACGGGACUGCGAGGCGGGCCGGCGAUCAUUUUGGGGAAUUAUCAGCAGAGGGAUUACUACAUUGAGUACGAUUUGGAGAAGGAGAGGUUCGGGUUCAAGCGGCAGGUUUGUGCCUGA